AUGACAGAGCCAAUGCCACCCAUCGAACAGCAGACUCCCACCGAGCGCAGGGAGCAGUCCGCCUCGUUGGUGGGGACAUCAUCAUCAUCGUCCGAAUCGUCGCAUGUCUACCUGCCCCGGAUCACCAUCAAGUACUGUACGCAGUGCAAGUGGAUGCUCAGGGCGGCAUAUUAUUCCUUUUUGAGCAUUCUGUAUUAUAAAGUCGAGAGUGAUGAAGAAAAACCAACCGUCAUCUCGCCUUUUAUUGUUAUUGUUCCAUAUCACUCACUUUUCUUUUCUUGCGACAGUUCGCGCAGGAACUUCUCUCAACCUUCAACACAAGCCUCGGAGAAGUAUCUCUCAUCCCGACCACGGGGGGUGGUCUUCACUGUGACCAUCUUCCACCUGUCUCAGGACAGCCUAGGGACGCAGGAGACUCUCCUCUGGGAUCGCAAGAUGCAUGGCGGGUUUCCUGAAGUCAAACAACUCAAGUCUCUCGUGCGCAACAUCGUCGACCCCUCUCGAGACCUGGGGCACGUCGAUCGUGCUCUGGGCAAGGAAAACAAAGGCGCAGAAUCGACGCCUGUCGCUGCUACUGUUACUGCUGCUGCGACCACCGGUGCAACUACGACAUCAGCAAAGACCGUCGCAACGGAUGAGAAUACACCAGCAGGAAUGGGGGCAUCCGGAAAGAGAGAAGACGAAAAGGGUGAAGGCGAGCAAAAGACAUGUGAGGAUUGCCAAUAA